AACCAAUCAAAAAAAAGAAAAAGAAAGAGGAAAGGAUAUAAAAAAAACCCUAGCUUUCUCCGUCUUUCUCCUUUCUCCCACCAAUUCACGCGCAGAAAGUCAGAGACUUUGUGAAUCUAAUCUUAAAAUUUUCAUACUUUCCUUCCUGGGGAAUCGACUAAUGUACAAGGACCGAGGCGGAGGCGGAGGGUCGUCGAGAUCGGAGAUCCUCGGCGGCGCUCUUGAUCGGAAACGGAUCAAUGAUGCUCUCGACAAGCACCUCGAGAAAUCUUCACCAUCCACAUCCAGGGUUUUCGCCUCUAAAGAUAAGGAUCAUUUCUCCUUCCCUUCCACUUCCACUGCUAAAUCUCAGCCGCCCGAUCACCGCCAUUCUCGCUCACCCGAUGUGGGAUCGGAGACUGAUAGCGAAGGAUCGGAUGUUAGCGGUUCCGACGGAGAUGAUACGUCGUGGAUCUCGUGGUUCUGCAACUUGCGAGGGAAUGAGUUUUUCUGUGAAGUCGAUGAAGAUUACAUACAGGAUGACUUCAACCUAUGCGGCUUGAGUAGCCAAGUCCCCUACUAUGAUUACGCUCUUGAUCUCAUACUUGAUGUUGAGUCAUCGAACGGUGAUAUGUUUACGGAAGAACAGAAUGAGAUGGUGGAAUCCGCCGCUGAGAUGUUGUAUGGUCUUAUUCAUGUCCGCUACAUUCUGACCACCAAGGGAAUGGCUGCCAUGUUAGAGAAGUAUAAGAACUAUGAUUUCGGGAGAUGCCCGCGUGUUUACUGCUGUGGACAGUCGUGCCUUCCAGUCGGGCAGUCUGAUAUCCCGAGAUCAAGCACCGUGAAGAUAUAUUGCCCGAAAUGCGAAGACAUAUACUACCCGCGAUCCAAGUACCAAGGCAACAUUGAUGGAGCCUACUUUGGAACAACUUUUCCAAACUUGUUCCUGAUGACAUAUGGGAACCUAAAGCCUCAAAAGCCAUCACAGAACUAUGUCCCUAGAAUUUUCGGCUUCAAGGUACACAAAUCAUGAUGAUAUUCUGGCCAGCCAUGAUCAUACAGUUGGUGGCUCGACCUUCUUCUGCAUAGACAAUCACACUGAUUCGAGUGGAACACGCCACGUGAUUCAAGGAUGAGAACUAGGAAGAACAUGAGGUUGAGUUCCUGAUGGAAGCUCGGAAUUGCCCACAAACUGUUCAACUGCUUGUUUGUUGGAGAAUAACUAAAAAAAGGUGGUUGGAUGUUAAGAAUUCUUUCCCUUUGGGAAUUUUAAUCAAUUGUUUGUAUGGUGGUUUCCAUUUUGGAUGGUUGGAUUCUUUUACUUCUUUGUUUACUUUCCCAGCAAAUUUUGGUUUGUGUAAUGUUGGCAAGUUUCUUA